CUCUAUGGGAUCUGCCCAUUGUCACAUGAUUUUAAAAUAAGAAAGUGAAAGUAAUUUCAACCAUAAUGUCGUGAUGUUGCUACCGGAGGGAGUUAUUGGAAAAUAAUGUUCGCGUUUAGGCUUAACUGGCCUCUUAGAAUAGGCCACUGCGGAAACUACUGUUAAACAUGUCUUUAAGAGUUAUUUUGAGUGUCAUCAUUCUCGUUUUCUCAGAAGGAUUGGUAUUACAAGGGCCCAGUAGACCCCUGGUUGCCCAGCUUGGGGGUGUUUUGCAGCUUCCUUGUUCCGUGGAGACUCCCUUACCUCUGGAUGAGUUGGAGGUGGAAUGGAGAAAGACGGACUCAAAUAAACUCGUGCAUCUUUUCCAAGGAGGAGAAAUACGACCAGAAUCGCAGAGUUCUGAAUACACGGAAAAGGCGUAUUUCUUUACAAAGGGAGAGAUAGUUAAAGGGAAUUAUUCUCUACUUCUUCGCAACAUUACAACUGACGAUGCAGGCCGUUACAGUUGCAACGUUUACAGCAAUGAAGAAAACAGUGAAAUUGCCGUUGAAAUUGAAGCCAUUGAGCGUUUGGUGUUGACGGGAACAGACCAUGCUGCAACUGCCUAUGUUGGUCAAGAGGUCAUUCUGAGCUGUUUUGUGGAUUCCCAUAUUCCCCCUGAAGAGGUGUCCUGGACAAAGGUUGAUUCAGAUAAAAGUCAAAUUCUAGUUUUACUUUUUCAAGACAAUGAAACAUAUCCAGACUCAGCACAUGCAAGUUACCGAGGCAGAACAGAGUUCUUCAAUGCAGAGAUUCCCAAAGGCAACUUCUCCCUGAGACUGAAGGAUGUCAGGACGGAAGACAAAGGGGAGUACAUGUGUGAAGCCCACAGUGGUCAUCUAUCAGCCAACACCACUGUUGUACUGGAGGGACUGGGUAUGUCUUCUAUGCACAUACUGGUAUUAGUAUUGUGCUGUGCUGCCAUUAUAGUGGCACUGGUCGUUUCUGCUCUGAUCCUUGUGGAUAUCAAAGAAAAUCAAAAGAUGAGGAGAAGCAAGGUGUUGCAUGAAUACUCAGCCAUGGAGGAUGGUGAACUGGAUCUGGUUGUUGGAGAGACAAUUGAGAUUCUUGAAAGGAAUGAUUCUGGAUGGUGCCUAGGGAAAAAUAAUGACAAAGUGGGCCUUUUGCAAUCAAACUAUGUACAAGAAAUGUCUGGCUUCCAAGAGACUGGAAAGGUGAUUAAAAGCAAGGUGUUGCAUGAAUACUCAGCAGUGGAUGAUGAUGAAAUGGAUCUAGUCAUUGGAGAGACUAUUGAGAUUCUUGAAGAGAUUGACAGUGAAUGGUGUCAGGGAAAAUGUAAUGAUAAAAUGGGAUAUUUUCCAUUGGUCUGUGUCCAAGAAAUUUCCCCGCUCCAAGGAAAGGUGAUUAAAGGCCAAGUGGUAUGUGAAUACUCUGCCAUGAAGGAUUAUGAACUGGAUCUAGUUGUUGGAGAGACUAUUGAGAUUCUUCAAAUGGAUGAUAAAUGGAGUCUAGGAAAACAUCAUGACAAAGUGGGACUUUUCCCAUUGCACUAUGUCCAAGACAUUUCUGCUCUUCAAGACAUAAGCCAAAGAGCCUUGAGAAUGCACUAUGUGUUGGUCUUUGCUCCAAGUAUCUUUAUGUUCACUGCAUUUGUGCUGUGGGGCAUUAUUGAGGGAUUCCUGGGUGAAGUGGUUACCUGCUCAACCAUCAACCUAAUUCGCUUCAUUUUACUAUUCAAGACAUGUCUAUAUGAGGAGAAACUCCCAGAAAUCAUUAAGACCAUCAUCAAGACUGGUUUUGUCUUUGAGUACAUGAUCGUUGUCAGCGUUUUGUAUUUUGUCAUCUUCUUUAAUGUUUGGAGUAUUGAAGGAGAGAGCCCAGCCAUGGCUUUCAUGGGCAUCAUGUAUGGAUCAUCACUGCAUAUGGGCAUCAACAUAUUUCUUGGUGGAGGGACUGGUUUCAUGGAAAUCAUGGAUUUCUCUUACUUGUUCACCAUGUCUUACCUGUCUCGCACGUUCAGUGACAGUGCUUUCAUAAGCCUGUUUGCUGGAGUGUUUGCAGUCAUUUUAUCCAAUUGGAUUUUGUAUGCCAUGGUUAAAAAAAAAUAUCCUUUUUUGCACAAAUCAUCAUUGUAUUGGUUGGGAAUGAAGAUAUUUGAUUUAAUCAGGCGUCUCAUCAUCAGUGUAGUAGUUUUCUACUUCUUCAAUCAAAUUCUAGAAAAUCAUGAAGAGCGUGCUGGAUUGAUGACUGUGACUGCCCUGCUCCACCUCCUGGCUCUGUCUGGAAUAUUUGAUUUUGUGAAAUGCUCUUUAGCUGAAACUCCAAAGACGAUUCUCUACAAGUAUGGAGCUGUUGGUUUAGUUGCUGUUAAUGCUGCUACUUUGGGAACAGAAUUAAUUCUGAAAUCACGUAAAGGAGAACGAACUGUGGCAGAUCUCCGUGUUGUAGUUCUGCCGUUUGAAUGCGUUUUUGUUUUGGGCUGGAUUGUCCUAUGGAGCCAGACAUACUGGAGGAACAAAAGGAAAAGCAUUAAAGAAGAACUGGACAUAUGUAAGAGAUAUGGAUGUAGAAAUUGGAUAAAGAAUUUGAAAGGAGAAUUUUCUCCACCUGUGGAGAAAACAGUGGAGAUGACUGAGAUGACAAGUCAUUCUGCUUCCGGAGCAAGAACUCAGGAACAGGGGAGUCUGCCUGAACCACCUCCAGAAACAGACAUACAUGUUGCAGAAGAUGUCCCAGAGGUUACCAACACAUGUUCAUCAGAACCAGUUAACAAAGAAGAUUCCACUGACACAGCUGCGGAAAAAAUAGUACCAAAUGCAGAUACACAUAGAUGUACAAAUACAUCAACUGCAGAAGAAAUGGACAUAUCUCCUGUUUUACAAGACAAAAAUAUUAUCUCAAACACACACUCACAUAUGACUGAGGAUACCGAUCCACUGUUGAGCCAUAGAGAAAAAGAGCCAGCAGAGACAGAUGUCCAAGAGCCAAGACGCAACUCUGUUACAGAAGACAUGGAAAGCUCCCCACUUCUCCAAGGAGACAUGGUUAAACCCAUCCCUCAUUCUGAGUCAAAUUAAUAUAGUGAUCAGUGAAUACAAAAGGCAAAUAACAUGUUAUAGCAGCGCUGUUCCACAAGACACACUUAAUUCUUCAUACCGGUAAUUACAGCAGAUAUUCAGUAGUUUCCCACCUUCAUUGUGUUUUUAAAUAAAAUUGAAA